CAGGAUACCUCUCUCUCCGACCUUCCAUAUACAUACUGACCCCCUCCCCAACUAUGCCACCCGUUUCCAUGUCUAUGAGCCUGCCCACGUCAGAGGCGCACCUUUUGGCUUUCACGUUCGCGCUAUCGUACGUGGGCUCCCUAUACGUGGUCAAAGAGGGCCGGCUGCGUUUUGCUACUGGCAGUUCUCCAGAGAUUCAAAAGCGCGGCCGUGACGACCCCGAGGUCAUUCGCACGCGACUGCGGGCAGUCACCUUCUCGAGCAUCUUCUCUAUCCUGCUCUUGUUGUACAUCUGCAGCAUGGACGUGCUCAAAUGGCGCGAACUCCUCGGCUUCGCUCUCCCCUUGCCACCUGUUUCUAGUUUCUUGUCUGCGUCGCCAGUCGGCGUCAUCUCAAGCGUCUUUCGUUUCUACCUUCCGUAUCUCUUGAUACCAAUCCUGUACACCGGGCCAAUCUACGUGAUAUACCUGCGCAAGAGGCUGCCAUAUCAAGCGUAUUCUCCGGGGUUGCUGGCGAGCUUGAAAGGCGCCGUGGGCAAUGCUGUGGGCGUCAGGAAUUACGUGGUGGCGCCUAUCACGGAAGAGAUAGUCUUCCGCGCAUGCAUUGUCGCUGUAUAUACUCUAUGCGGGGCCGCGCGAUGGAAGAUCGUAUGGGGGUCCCCUCUUUGGUUCGGCAUGGCGCACCUUCAUCACGCCUGGGAGGCGUACAACAACCUAGGAAAAACAUACAGUGCCUUGCAGCAAGCGUUGGCGCAGACAGCCUUCCAAUUCACCUACACCACACUCUUCGGCGCCUACUGCGUCGACAUAUUCCUCAUCUCCGGAAACAUCCUCGCGCCCGUGAGCGCCCAUAUUGCGGCAAACUUCAUGGGGAUGCCGAUGUUUGGGUACGAGAAGAGGAUGUUACCGCACUAUCGGAGGAGCAUCACGGCUAUGUACUACCUGGGCAUCGUUCUUUUCACCGCUGGGAUGGUCGUCGCUCGCAGAUAGUGGCACCGUACUGCCCUUAGGGCUAUCGGCGGCACGAUCGACAACGGAUGUACGCGCUCUCAUCCCAUGCACCUAAGGACAUUGUAUAUCUCGCCUGUUGUACAUGUACAUCGAAGGCUGCGUGCGAUACCCUCUCACUAUCAACGCCCAAGGUAUUCGCGUGAUGAUGCAUUGUCUGUAUGCAUUCAGCUCGGCCCCCAGCAUUCGCCGUGCUCGCCCAAGUAACCCUAGAGCUUGAGACCGA